GGAGAGUCAGUUCAGUCUGUUCAGCAGCUCAGUCAGAACCACUCUGUCUCUCAGCUCAUCUGUCUCUCUGUUCAUGUGACUCUCAGCCUGUCUGUCUGUCUGUCUCUCAGCCUGUCUGUCUGUCAGGAUGCAGGAGUCUCGUCAUGGAUUAUUGAUUAUUGGAUUUCUACUGCAGAUCAACUGUUUACACUCAGUUUACAUCAGUGACAACACAGAUUCUCUUCAUCAGGUUCUGUCGGAGUUCGGUGUCGUUCGUCCAAUCAGGACCGACUCUCAGGGGCGUUUCCUGUCAGCGUCAGUCUCCGCCCACCACCUGCACCGCAGCAAAAGACACGCCCACCAUACAGAGGACACGCCCACUGUCCUGGAUGAUGUCACAGACAAAAGACAGACUCAAACUGACAUACCUGUAGUACACCUGGCUCCACCCACAGACGCAUCAUCACCCAAUCACACAGGUCGUACCUGGAAGGGGUGGGGUUACAGGGCUGAGGAGGCGGAGCUUUACUACAACGUGACGUUGUUCGGUCAGGAGCUCCAUCUACGGCUGCGUCCCAACUCUCGACUGGUCGCUCCCGCUGCCACCAUGGAGUGGGAGGAGUCAGGGCACCUUCACUCUCAGCCAAUAGGAGACACUGGCUGCUUCUACACAGGAGAGGUGUCCAACAUGGAGGACACGUCUGUCGCCAUCAGCAACUGUGAUGGACUGGCAGGGCUGAUCCGAACAGGUGAGGAGGAGUUUUACAUUGAGCCGUUGGAUCGGAGGAGGACAGAUGGAGGAGAUGAGGAGGAAGAGGAGGAGGAGGAGAGAGGAGGACGACAGCACAUCGUUUAUCGCUCGUCAGCCAUCAGGAAACAACCAGCUGUCAAUCAAACUGAUGACGACUUCCUCCGAGGGCUAAUGUGUUGUGGUCAACAUCCAGCUUCAGCUCGGCGACGGCGAUACAUUGAAGAGGCGGAGCUGUUUAACAUCGAGGUUCUGUUAGCAGUGGAUUACUCUGUUCUUCUUUUCCAUGGCCGAGACCACAUUCAGAAAUAUCUUCUGACUCUGAUGAACAUAGUCAAUGAGAUCUAUCAGGAUCAUUCUCUGGGCGCCAACAUCAACGUUGUCCUGGUCAGAAUCAUCAUGCUGUCUCCAACAAAGUCCCAGGAACUGAUCUCUGUGGGGAACCCCCAGAAGAGUUUGGAGAACGUUUGUGGUUGGUCAUAUCUCCAGCAGAGGGAGCAGAGUCACGCCGAGCAGCACGACCACACCAUCUACCUGACCAGGCAGGAGUUCGGCCCCUCCGGCAUGCAGGGUUAUGCUCCCGUCACAGGAAUGUGUCACUUACAUCGGAGUUGUGUCCUCGUUUUGGAGGAUGGUUUUUCCUCGGCCUUCGUAGCUGCACAUGAAACAGGACACGUGUUAGGUAUGGAGCACGACGGUGAGGCCAAUAACUGUGCUGAUGAUGUGCCGUUGGGCAGCAUCAUGUCCCCGCGGGUUCAGGCCACCUUCCAUCGAUACCACUGGUCCAGGUGCAGCUGGAGGGAGCUGCACCAGUACCUGCACACCUAUGACUGUCUCCGUGAUGACCCGUUCAACCACGAUUGGCCGGCGCAGCCUCAGUUGCCGGGGUUUCACUACUCAAUGGACCAACAGUGCCGCUUCGACUUCGGACCAGGAUACAGCAUCUGUACUGCGUACACGAACAAUGAACCCUGUAAACAGCUGUGGUGCAGCGAAUACCACAACCCGUUCUUCUGUAAGACCAAGAAAGGUCCACCGCUGGACGGGACCAAGUGUGGACCAGGGAAGCACUGUUUCAAAGGCUUCUGCAUGAGGUUGACCCCUGACCUUCUGAGACAAGAUGGCAGCUGGGGAACGUGGAGUUCGUACGGCAGCUGCUCCAGGACCUGCGGGGGCGGGGUCAGGUUCAGGACCCGACGCUGCGACAACCCAGCUCCAGCCAACGGGGGGCGCACCUGCUUCGGAAACAGCUACGAGUUCCAGAUGUGCAGCCAAGAGGAGUGCCCACCCCUGACUGACUUCAGGGAGGAUCAGUGUAAAGUCUGGAAUCCAUUUUUUGAGCAUGAAGGAAAGAAACAUCACUGGCUGCCGCACCAACACCCUGACCCUGACGAGCGCUGUCGUCUGUACUGUCAGUCCAAGGAGACAGCGGCAGUGGUGUCCAUGAACAGAAUGGUGCAUGAUGGGACGCCAUGUUCCUACGGCGACACCUACAGCGUGUGCGUCCGAGGAGAGUGUGAGCAUGUAGGUUGUGAUGGACAGAUCGCUUCAGACCAGCAGGAGGACCGAUGUGGAGUCUGUGGAGGAGAUAACUCCAGCUGUAAGAUCAUCAAAGGAAACUUCACCCGCAGCACCAAGAAACAAGGAUACCUGAAGAUCCUGGAGAUCCCCAAAGGAGCGCGACACCUGCUGAUCCAGGAGUUUAAAGGGACUCCUCACAUCCUCGCGUUGAAGAACCUGGACACGGAUCACCUCUUCCUCAACAGUGAAGAUGAGCUCCCAGAAUCCCGUGUGGUGAUUGAGAAGGGUGUGAUGUGGGAGUACAGCAACGGCGAGGAGCAGGAGUCCAUCCAGACCACAGGACCUCUCAAGUAUGGAGUCCUGCUCAUGGUCUGUUCCCAUGGCGACUCCAAGGUGACAGUGUCCUAUAAGUACAUCAUUCAGGACCACAUCCAGUCCUCGCUGGAGUCCAAUCUGGUGCAGGAGGAUGCCAUCUUCUACGAAUGGGCACUGAAGAAGUGGUCGCACUGCUCCAAACCCUGCGGAGGAGGAAAACAAUACACGCGGUUCGGCUGCAGGAGGAAGGCUGACGGGAAAAUGGUUCACAGGAUGUUCUGCUCCAGCAUCAACAAGCCGAGAGCCAUCAGCCGCACCUGCAACACCGACGGCUGCAGCUCGCCACGCUGGGUGACCGGGGACUGGGAGCACUGCAGCGCCUCCUGUGGCCAGACUGGGUGGCAGCGUCGCUGGGUGAGCUGCCAGCAGGAGUCCAGCAGGGGGCAGCAGCAGCGCUCAGUGCACAGCAAACUCUGUAAGGACGACCGACCUGAAGGGAAACGCACCUGCAACCGUGUCCCCUGCCCUGCUGCCUGGAGAGCGGGACCCUGGACGCCGUGUUCAGUAUCUUGUGGAAACGGGACUCAGGAACGUCAGGUUGCGUGUUCGAGUCCUGAGGGUUCAGCCGGAAACUGCACCAAACCUCAACCAAUCACAACCCGCACCUGCCAGGCUCCACCCUGCAGCGGCGACCAAAAGAACGCCAUCAUCCAGUGGCUGUCCCGGUCCAACCCAAACUUCCCAGCUCCAAAGAUCUCCUCCAAGCAGCGUUGUCGUGGUGACCGGUCAGUGUUUUGUCGGAUGGAGGUGUUGAGUCGGUACUGCUCCAUCGCCGGAUACCAGCGGAUGUGCUGCAAGUCCUGCAGUGAAGGAAAUUUCACUAACCCUGAAAACUUCGGCAACUUCAGUAGCAUGAGCCUGCCAACCACCAACGGCAGCUCAUGGAUUUUGACCACGGAGAUGAUCACCUCAGCACCCACCUCCACCUGGUCUGACAGCAGCCAUGUCAUCACUGACAUCAUCAGUGAUAUAAUCAGUGCUCCGCCUCCAGGCUUCACUCUAACUCCGCCCCCCACCAGCAGGAGCAGCACCGACUUCGUCUAUGUGGAGUACGACGAUUACGACGAGUAUUCUUCCUACGAGGAUCCUUCAGUUCUCUCUCAGAUGCCUGAUAUCAUUCCUACUACUACCACUACUACCACUACUACUACUACUACUACCACUACUACUACUUCAACUACUACAAGACGUACAAGAAAAACUGCUCCACCACAUUUAUUCAGGAAGAAAACAACCACUCCCACAGCUGUUCCCAUGGUAACUGUUGAUGGUCUAACGCCGUCACCGGUCCGGACAUCUGCCGCCCCAGAAUCCCCCACCACAAUGUCAGCUGAUCCCGAUGACGUCAUCCCUUCUACACCGUCACCGAACACAUCAUCAGGUGGGCGGAGCUGUCAAAAUAAAAGCAGUCUCACAGAAGCCAAACCGACGCCAACAACUUUGUCCUCCUUCUUCCCACUCCCGAAGAAGGAGAACAACUCGGUGGAUGAGGUCCCAUACCGGAUCGUGGGACUAGACGGCGACAUCGCCAGAGGACAGCAGAACUACUUUGUGCCGCGGAUGCCGCCAGUGCGCGAACGAACACAAAACAAACGGAUCCAGGAGCUUCUGAAUGAGAAACGACGACAGGAUCUUCUGAGGAGGCCGAGCAAGAGCAGAGAGCACCGGACUGACAGGAGACAAACUGGAUUAUAA